CAACGUAGUUGCCGGAGGUAGCCACGAUUCUUGCCGGAAGUUGCCCCGAAAAGUUGAAUGAAGAAAAUAUUUCCUGUGGAAAUCAGCCACUUGUGAGCCUUUUUAAACCAUCUAAACUUCGUUAUUUCAAUCUGGUUUCUAAACAAAAGUUGUAGCCUUAUGUCUUACGAACCCGUAGCUUCAAACGGUUCGCGAUUUCGUUGAGUAAUGAAGGAAAUAUGGCGCGAAAACCAGGGCUGCUAUGCCCACAGAAUUCGGCGACCUCCGCUUCCAAUCCAGCAACCAGCGGCAGCGGCGGUCUGACCCAACGAAUUCCAGCAAACCAAGAAGCUCCGGCGACUGGUUCAGGCAGCAGUGAUAAUGGGUCCAUGGCGUGGGUCCUCUCUUCUCCAAUGACCUCCGGUGACGACAAGGACAAGCCGGGCAGCAGCUACGGUGGAAUUAGGGAAUGGGGAUGUGAGAACUCCGUCAACGUGAUUUCACGAUGUUCGCUCUGAUUGAACCGACACGAAUCAAGUAAUCAUGGAGGGGUUGACCUUGAAGUACAUCCUGGAGGGCAGCGUGACGGAGGAGAUGUACGGAUGCAGGGAUUUCAUAAUGUUUGAUUUAAUUAUAAAGCUUCCGCACCGUUUGUAUAAACUCUGAUAUGUAUU